AUGUGUAAUUCUAAUAAAAAACCUUAUUAUGAAGCGUUGCCUGCUUCUUUAAAGCCUUAUCAUUAUGAUUUAUCCAUCAGUGAUAUCAAUGUUGAGAAGGAGACAUUUAAAGGAAAAGUGGUAAUUUACUUCACAAUUGUGGAAGAAACAAAGGAAUUGCAUUUAAACUAUAGAGAUUUGUCAGUGUCACAAGAUAAAAUUAAUAUAGUUUUGCAAUGCAAUGAUUCUACUAAGGAUAUUGGUGUUACUUCAAUUGAAGAAUUUAAAGAGAAAGAGUAUUUUAUAAUCAAGUUUGAUGAAACCGUAAAGCCUAUGAAUAAUUCCAAGUUGAUUGUCACAUUGAAUUUUGAUGCUAUAAUUCAGACUAAUAUGGCUGGUUUUUACAAAUCUGGUUAUAAAGAAAGUGGCGUUGAAAAGAUUAUGUUGUCUACUCAAUUUGAAGCUACUGAUGCCAGAAGAGCUUUCCCAUGUCUUGAUGAGCCUGCAUUGAAAGCUACGUUUAGUGUUGAUUUAAUAGUUUCACAGGAAUGGACAACUUUAGGAAAUAUGCCGAUAUUUGAAGAAAAAUCAAUUGGAUCGAACUUGAAAACGGUGAAGUUUGAGAAAACACCAAUAAUGUCUACUUACUUGUUGGCAUGGGCUUGCGGUGAAUUCGAGUAUAUUGAAUCAUUUACGGAUGGUGUUUAUCAAAACGAUAAGCCAUUGCCUGUUCGUAUUUAUACUACGAAAGGUUAUAAGGAAGAAGCUAAGCUUGCCUCAGAGAUAGCUCCUAAGAUCAUAGAUUACUUCUCGAAAAUCUUCGAAAUCAAAUAUCCUUUACCAAAACUCGACUUAAUUGCUGUUCAUUCGUUUUCUCAUAAUGCCAUGGAAAACUGGGGUCUAGUUACUUACCGUAGUACCGCAUUAUUAUAUUCUGAAACUAAAUCUGAUCCAUCAUAUAAGCAAAAGGUUGCCUACGUUGUUGCUCACGAGUUAGCCCAUCAAUGGUUCGGUAAUUUGGUUACGAUGAAAUGGUGGGAUGAAUUAUGGCUUAAUGAAGGUUUUGCCACUUGGGUAGGUUUUGCUGCUGUCGAUUAUUUAUUCCCUGAGUGGGAUAUAUUUAGCGGAUUUGUUUCUGAAUCCUUACAACAAGCUCUCAAUUUAGAUGGUUUAAGAAAUUCACACCCAAUUGAAGUCCCUGUUGUGGAUGCUUUAGACAUUGAUCAAGUCUUUGAUGCGAUUUCUUAUUUAAAAGGUGCUUCAACUAUAUUAAUGAUUUCAAACUCUCUUGGAACUGAAAUAUUUUUGAAGGGUGUCGCAAACUACUUAAAUAAGAACAAGUUCAGUAAUGCUACUUCCCAUGACUUAUGGUCUUCGAUCAGUGAAGUUUCUGGUAGACCAGUUAACGAGAUGAUGGAAUCAUGGAUCAAGAAAAUUGGGUUCCCUAUUGUUAAUGUAGAUUUGAAUUCCGCUGCUAAACAAUUGACUAUCAAGCAAUCAAGAUUUUUGAAUAGUGGAGAUUUAGAAGAUGAAGAAAACCAUACCAAAUGGUGGAUUCCUUUAAAUAUUUCCAAUGGACCCUCUAUUGGCGAUAAGUUAUCGUUAGAUCCAAACGAAAUUUCUCCUGGUUCUGCUAACGUUACAAUAAAUGAUUUCCCAUUGACUAAUGAUUUCUUCAAAUUGAAUAAAGAUACAGCGGGUGUUUAUCGUGUGAAUUAUUCGCCACAGGUAAUGGAACACAAUAUUUUACCAUUUUUCAAUAAAUUAUCUGGUAAGGAUAAGGUGGGUAUUAUUGCGGAUGUGGCAUCUAUCGCUGUCUCUGGUGACAGAUUUACUUCCACAACCACAUUAUUAAAAUUAAUUAAGUCAGUGAUAGAUUCUGAUUCCAUUGGUGAUGAAUACGUUGUUUGGUUAGAGUUAGGUAAAAGAUUGGAUCAUAUUUUAGUUUCCUUCGCUGGUAUGGAUGAGCGUGUAUCGAUAGGCUUAAAAAACUUUGCAAAAUCAGUUUAUGAAAAAGUGUCUGUCAACUUUUUAAAUGAAUUAGAAAAGAAUAAAAUAGACGAUUCUCAAUUCUUGAGGACCAAAUUAAGAGCAGAAAUAUUGGGUAAGUCUGGAUUGCUUUCAAUUACUGAAAGUGAAGAUUAUGCUUUGAGGUUAUUUAACGAAUGGAAAUCAGGAAAGCCUAUUCAUCCAUCAUUGAGAGCUUUUGUCUUCUCGACUAUUGUCUCUUCUAAACGGUUAAUUGAUAGCGAAAAGUUUGGAUUAAUCUUACACGAAGUAACACACCCCACUUCUUUGGAUUCGCGAGAAAUAGCGCUAGAGUCAUUAGGUCAUAUUAAUGAUAAAGAAUUAUCCCAGAAAUUAAUAGGAUAUUUAAUAAAUCCGGAUGUCGUUCCAACCAUGGAUUCACACUUCUUAGGACGUUCGUUAUCAACAAAUGCCACUACAAAAGAUGAAUUUUGGAAGUUUUUCAAAGAAAAUUAUGAUGAAUUUUAUAAAUUAAUGUCAACGAAUAUGGUUGUCUUAGAUCGAUUCAUCAAACUUACUUUGGGUAAAUAUCAAUCUAUGGCAAUGUAUAACGAGAUAAAGAAUUUUUUCAGCCGGAAGGAUGUCCACGGUUUUGAAAGAUCAUAUAAACAGGUUUUAGACAAUAUUCUUAUCAAUUCCUCAUGGGUUGAAAGAGACUUAGAUGAAGUCAAGGAAUGGUUGCAAGCAAAUGGUUAUAUAAAUUAG